AGGAGUCCAGCCCCCCGACCCCCUGCAGCUCUGCCGGGGGUGGGUUUUGUUCCCCUCUCGGGAUGGGGUGCGCUCUGUCGGGUUCUGGGAUCGCCCCGGGGAAGACCAUCGCGGAGUCCAAGCAGUGCCCGUCAUCGGAAAACCUAGCGGUGUCGAAAGCGGGACCGGAGCCCGGCGGCGACGGGCCGGGGGCAGGUCCCUUUCCGCUGGCGGACGCGCAGAAGGAGCGGAUCCAGGAGUCCUGGCGGAUCCUGCACGACAAUAUCGCUCGGGUCGGCAUCAUUGUCUUUAUCAGGUUAUUCGAGACCCACCCCGAGUGCAAAGACGUCUUCUUCCUCUUCCGGGACAUCGAGGACCUGGAGCAGCUCAAGAUGAACAAGGAGCUGCGAGCCCAUGGCCUGAGGGUGAUGUCCUUCAUUGAGAAAAGCGUGGCCCGGCUGGACCAAGAGGACAAGCUGGAACAGCUGGCCUUUGAGCUCGGCAGGAGUCACUACAGAUACAACGCCCCUCCCAAGUACUAUGAGUACUUGGGCAUCCAGUUCAUCAGCACGGUGCAGCCCAUCCUCAAGGAGCGCUGGACGCCGGAGGUGGAGGAGGCGUGGCAGAGUCUGUUCAAGUAUCUGACGGCCACGAUGAAACGGGGGUACUAUGAGGAAGAGGAGAAAUCGGGCAGCAUCAAAUCCCUUGCCUUGAGGAAACCCGGGACCGGAUCCAUCCUGAACAGCAUAUAAGACUGAGAGCAGGCGGCGUAGCGGUUGGCUUGGCUUGCUGUGAUAUUCCCAUAGGACCUCUCCUUCCCCCUGUGCACAAGGAACUGCCCUCGCUUGUUACUUUCACAGGCUGUGAUUCCAGCUGAUUCAGCUGAAUCCAGCUGUGAUUCCAGCACAGAGGCUGGAUUUUUGCUGCUGGUCAGAGGCCCCAUCUGUGUAGCCGGGGUUCCCCCCCGGGGGUCGCCGCAGGCGGUAGAGGCAAGUAAACUAUCUCUGAACCUUUCUACUUUGGGCAUAGGCAGUUCAGGGAGAGCUUCCUGGAAGGGAAAAGAGGCUGAGAACAGGAGUCGGCUUUAGACACCGGCAUGAGGGCCUUGAUUUCAAUAUAUGGACUGGUUAUCAGCCGGGCCCAUCUAGCAGCGGCCGGGAAGGGGUUAAACAUCCCCCGAGUUUGCAGAGCGGCAGUGUUAAAGGUGACUCGCGAAGGGAAGGGAAAUUGGGGUGGGUGCCCUCUCCCUGUUUGGCUUCUUUACAAUGGAUCCAGCCCCCCGAGAAAUUAAACCCGGUUCGCCCUAGCUGCCAAAUGGGAAGAACAACUAUUUCUUGAGCGCUGGUAACAGUCUGCUACCACUGCAAGCUCCGGGAGCGACUCUGUUAGCUUGAGUGGUGGAGGCCCAUGCUAGGCACGAGAUGAGGUAGAGGCAGACAGAGUGGGAGGACAAGGAGACGAUCUGGGCAGGUUCAAACCCGGUUGAUGACCGUGUGCUGGGUGCAGCUAUAAAACUGGUGCUGGAGGAGGGCUGUGAAAUCACGUGGACCUCGGAGAGAGGGGGCAAUAGAACGGAAAUAGCCUUACGCUGUGGUUAAAGCACUGGCGGAGGAUGCAGGAGAUCAAGGGUCACUCCCCACCUCUGCUACAGCUUCCCUGUGUGACCUUUGGCAAGUUACUUCAUCUCUGUAGGCCUGGGUCCCCCCCAAUCUGUACAAUAACUGUGCCUUUGCCUGUUUGGCGCAGGGACGGUCUCCCAUGUGACCCUGAUCUCAGUUAUACUUGGGUCCAAACCCCGCCCUUUUGCAGGGUGGACGCAGCUUAAGCCGCAGCCCCAACUCAGCAGCUCGCAGACACGUGAGCACGGCUGGGAGACCCGGGUCCAGCAAUUGUAAGCCCAGGUUGACAGGGCAGGUGGCCACUCAGGAGACCCAGGCGCAGGGUUUACGAUGCAGAACAGCCAGACACUAAGGCCCCGUCUACACUAGCACUUACUUCGGUGUAACUUAUGUCGCUGAAUAAUCCACGCCCCUGAGCAACAAUAACGAGGAGUCCGGUGGCACCUUAAAGACAAACAGAUUUAUUUGGGCAUAAGCUUUUGUGGGUUUAAAAACCCACUUCAGAUGCAUGGAGUGAAAAUUAUAGAUAUUCAUAGA